AUGUCUACACACAAUCUUGCUUUUACUGCUCCUCUCAACCCCACUGGGGCUAGCCCAAUCCUGCAUGAAGAUCAAGUUUGGGCUGGCCUACUCCUCAAAAUCAAAUCGGCAGAAACAUUUGUUCCGAAGGCCAUCAAGUCAACCACCGUGGUCUCCGAGGACGUUGACCCCGUGACCGGAAAUCCCGUCACUGUGCGCGAUGUCAUUUUCGUCGAAAACAACCGCAAAGUGACAGAAACCGUCACCGCAUACAAGCCUUCGAGAGUCGUUUUUAUUCAACCAGAUGGAAGCACGAUAACCAAUGUGGUUAGCGAGGGAGCAGACGGCGAGCUGUACAUGACCUACAUUUUCGAAUGGAGGCAUCCCGGCGCCUCCACCGCGGAGCUAGAAGUUUUCUUGCAGAAAGAAAAGCAGAUGAUGAAGCUGGCUGUGGAGGGAACUAUUACUGUGUUGCGUCAGUUGGUGAAAGAUGGCAAGAUCUGA